AUGACAGAAAAAAGCCCUCCCAUCGAAAUCGCCAUCAUCGGCUCCGGCCUAAUCGGGACCCUCCUCGCCCUAGGCCUUCUCAACAUCCCCAACUCCUCCACCACCAACUCAAACCUAACAACGCUCCGCAUAAAAAUCUACGAACAAUCCCCCACAACCCACGAACUCGGCGCCGGAAUCGGCUUCACGACCUGCGCGCGGAAAUGCAUGACGCUCAUGGAUCCGCGCAUCGCGGAGUGCGUAGCGCGCGUAGCGACACUCAACGGCGAAGCGGAAGAUCCAGACUACUGUAUGCGGUUUGUGGAUGGGUUUAGGACGUAUACGGGGGGUGAAUGUUGGGGGACGUCGAAGGGUGGAGAGGGAGGAGGUGUUGAUGUGAGGGGGAUCAGAGGGGAUUAUUACUCAGAUAGAAUUGAAGAUAAUAAUAAUAAUAAUAGGGAAGGCGAGGAUGAGGGUAAAGGCGUGCACGUCUCCGGGAAAGUCUACAAGUUGUAUGCCGGCCCAAGGGGGUUCGAAGGAUGUCAUCGGGGCCAGUUUCUCGAUGAAGUGAUGAAACUUAUGCCUGAGGGAGUAGUGGAAUAUAAUAAGCGGGUGGAGGGGUAUGAGUAUCUCCCUUCAGGGAGGAUACAAUUGGGGUUUAGUGAUGGGGGGAGGGUGGAAUGUGAUCUUGUCCUCGCCUGCGACGGCAUCAAAUCUCUCAUCCGCACCCAUCUCUACCCUGGGACAAAGCCCCAAUACACCCACCAAUUCGCCUUUCGGGGCUUAGUACCAAUGACCACCGCAAUCAGCAAACUAGGCCGCUACCGCGCCCUGCGACAGCACAUGCACUGUGGGCCACGAGCACACGUGCUGCAUUUCCCCGUCGCGAAGCAACAGCUCAUGAAUGUCGUUGCGUUCGUGCAGGAUCCAAAUGACUGGAUGCAUUCCGGGAUGACAGCACCAGCGAGGAAGAGUGAAGUCGUGGACGCGUUCCAGGAAUGGGGUCCGUUUGUGCGCGCUGUGAUUGAUCUGCUGCCUGAGGAGCUGGAUAAGUGGGCUGUUUUUGAUACUUAUGACAGUCCGGUGCCAAAGUAUGCGGAAGGGAGGGUGGCGCUGGUGGGGGAUGCGGCGCAUGCGUCGUCGCCGCAUCAUGGAGCUGGAGCGGGGAUGGGGGUCGAGGAUGCGUUGGCGCUGGUUACGGCUAUUAGGAGGGCAAGGGAGGAUGUGGAUCGCGGGGUGGAGGUGAAUGGGGCGUUGGAGGCGGCGGUGAGGGCGUAUUCGAGGGUGAGGUAUGAGCGGUCGCAGUGGUUGGUGAGGAGUAGUCGCGAGGUGGGAUGGACGUAUGAGUGGAUGAAGGAGAGUGUUGGGGCGGAUAUGGAUCGUGCGUUUGCAGAUAUCAAGGAGAGGAGUCAUCGGGUGUGGUAUUUUAAUGUGGAUGCGAUGGUGGCAGAAGUGGAAAGACAGUAUCGUUGGUGUUUGUGGAACUAG